AGCCGCUGCACUAGAUCCGAGCGUGCCCCGUGCGCACCGCGCGCUGCAGCAAUGGGCAUCCGGAAGGCUUCGUCGGUGUCGGCGGAAGAGUCUGUGCGCGAGAUCAGCAUAUGGGUAGAGAACCUCACAGGGCAGGAGUUCGAGCUCCUGGGCACCUACGCCAAGGAAGGGGAGCCGCAGCACCUGCAGUUGCCGUCCCGGCUCGACCGCAGCGCGCGACUACGCUGGCGAUGCGGCCAGGCGGGCUGCGCCUUCGCCGUCUCCUACGCCUCCACGCCGCAGCCUGGACGCGCGGCCGCGGCGGCGGAGCUAGAAGGCGGAGACUCCGGCGAAGCCCCGGGGCCGUCCGCGGCGUGCCUCAGUGUUGGGGUCGUGCUGGCCCCAGUGGCAGCGGCCGCCAAGGCCUCCUGGGUGCGCAGCAUGGUCAAAGGCAGCUCCGAGCCGUCACGCACUCCAGACCCGAGCUUCGCCGCCUCCCUGCAGGACUCGCCGCCGGAGUCGAGCAGGGCGCCCAGCGCUCAGCUGGGGAAGCUGCUGGCGAAGGCCGUGCCGGUGGGGGAGGCUGGCGUUGCCACCGGCGGCCUCGAGUGGGUCGCGUCCACAGCCGGCAGGGACGAGGGCUUGCUGGAAGUGCGUCUCCGGCUUAUGCCGCAGGGGCUCACCUCCGCGCCAGGCGCGGAGGCAGACAGCUUGGCGGCGCCGGAGGCGCCGGAGGAGUCCGUGGACGAGGAGGAGAUCCGGAGGCUGAGAGCCUGGCGGCAGAUGAACGAGGCUCUGGAAGCCGAGGCCACCGAGAUGGAGCGGAUGUGCGCAGGGGAGCCUCUGGAGCCAGCGCGGCUGCGCGACCUGCCAGAGAUGGCUCGCAUCGAUCUGGCGCUCGCGCUGAUGAUGACCUUGCUGCAGCACCGCCAGGUGGCGCUGCGGCGGCAGAAGCAGGCGGCGGCCCUUCCGCAGGAGGCGUGGGGGGGCGAGGAGGGCCCGGCGACGGCUGUCGGCGGAGCGUCCUCGGCGUCCGCGGCUAUGGGCGGGGCAGACAAGCUGCGGCUGUGCCUUGCGAGGCAUGCCCAGGCCGUCUACAAAGCGCUCGUGCCCCUGGUGGGCUUCGAGCAGGCGAAGACUGCCGAGAAGCUGUCCAGGCUGAUCAAGAACUACCUGCCAGGCCAGGACGGGCGAGAGUCCGAGCUGGAGCCCACCGACCCCGCGGACUUCUGCCGCAGGCUCGCCGUGGAGGCGUCCUCGACGGCCGAGAACCUGAAGGCCCAGGACACGGGCGAGAGGACGCUCUGGAGCCAGGAGGCGGCCCGCAGGCUCUGCGAGGAGGGCUCGGAGGCGUCCGUGGCCGGGAAGGUGUGGCUCCUCGAGCCCGCGGUGGUCGCCUCGAUCCCGGCCGCGGUGCGGGGCCUCAACCUCGGCGUCCUGCCCUGCCCGGGGGACUACGCCGCCGUGCUCUCGAGGGAGCACGGGGCGUACUUCCUCCUCGAGAGGCCCGCCAGGGAGGAGGGAGUCGUGCGGAGGCAUUCCGAGGUCGGCGGCACGCUGGGAGCCGGCAGCGCCGCGGCGGCGGACAGGGCAGAGGGCGACGCUGCCGCGCUCCGCCGCGGGGUGACCUACGACCCCCGGCAGGCCGGGAGCUGCGGGGACCGCCCGCCUGCGCCAGAGGGCCGCGGCGGGGAGGGCGGGGCCACGGCGCCGCCGCCGGCCGCCCGCCCGCGCCCCUUCGCGGCGGGGGCGAGGGUGCCGGCGGCCUGGCUGGUGGCCCGGCAGCUCCUCGCGCUGGCCAUCAGCGAGCCCGCGGGCCAGAUCUUCGACGCCCGCAGCCGCGCCGCGCUCUUCGAGCUCUGCUGCCGGCUGGGGGUGCCUCCCCGGCUCGUGGCGAGGUGGGAGGCCGAGAUCGGGGGCGCCCUCUUCGAGGCCAUGGAGUCCUCCCAGGUGAUCGAGCGUCUUAGGAGCCAGGACCGUUCGCACAGCCACCUGAAGGUUGCCGCGUGCGCGGUCGGGGGCGGCAUCCUCUGCGCCGUGACGGGCGGGCUCGCCGCGCCAGCACUGGCUGCCGGCCUUGCAACAGUAGGCGCGGCCACGGCCUCUGCAGGCGCUGCAGUCGGGCUGACGGUGCCUGGACUGAUCGUGGGUAGCGCCAUCACGGGUGGUGGCAUCAUCCUCGCUGCGCUUGGCACCACUGGUGCCGCUGUCCUCUUCGGCGCCUCCGGCCUGGGGCUCACGGGGUUCAAGCUCUCCAAACGCUGGGGGCAGCUCGAGGAGUUCUCUUUCGAGCCGCUCCAGGAGGGCAAGAAGACGCUGAGGAUGAGCGUGGACGUGACGGAGGAGGCCGCGUCCCUGCACCUGCGGUCUGCCGUCGAGGCGGGCGACGGCACCCUGCAGGAGGAUGCGCUGGUGCCCUGCGCUGGCGGAGGCGAGGUGGCCCUGCAGAAAGGGUCGCAGUGCGUGGGGAUCGAGACGCUGACCGUGCACACCCCGCCUGCGAGGAGCCUGCGGGUCGCAGCCGGCAGCCGCCAGCGCAGUUCCGAAGGAAGCGUCGCCGAGGCCACGCGAUUCCGGUUCGAGCGGCGUGUGGAUUCCGUGCAGCGGGCGGUCCAUUUGGCCAUCUUCGUGUCGGGCUGGCUGCGGGACCCAGAAGACUUCCGCAAGCCGUGGCUGCAUGCGGCGGAGGAGUUCUUCCCCAGCAGCGGCCACUUCGGCAUCAAGUGGGAGACCGACCUGCUCAUGCGACUCGCGAACGUGUUCCAGAGCAUGAUGAGAGAGCAGGCCGCCUCGCAGGCCGCCUCGCUCUGGUGGAAGACGAUGGCGGCCUCCACUGUCGGCCUUGCGGGUCUGGUGGCAGCCUGGCCGAUCUGGGUGGUGACGAGUCUCGCCAACCUCGACAACAUAUGGCUCGUUGUCGCCAACCGGGCCACCAUGGCUGGCGAAUGCUUGGCGGAGGUGCUGGCUGACAAGCACGUGAAGGGCCAACGACCUGUAACUCUUGUGGGCCACUCCAUGGGAGCGAGGGUCAUCUUCCACUGCCUACUGAAACUGCAUGCCAUGGGUGAGUUCCAUGUCGUCGACGAUGUGGUGCUACUUGGCACGCCAGUCACAACCUCCAGAACAGAAUGGGAGAAGGUGAGGGCCGUGGCUUCUGGGCGCGUUGUAAAUGCCUACUGGGGGAAAGAUUGGGUUCUGGCUUUUCUUUACAGAUAUCUCGAGUGGGGCAUCAGCGUUGCAGGUUUGAGCCAGGUCGAGGUUGACGGUGUUGAGAACAUAGAUCUCAAAGGCCUUGGACUGCAAGGCCACCACGAUUAUCCCACCCACAUUGGUAACAUUCUCGCCAAGGCGCGAAUAGGCCAGAGGAGUACAGAAGCUGGGCUUGAGGAGCCAAGGAUGACGAUUGACGAGUUCAUCGCUUGACAACUUGGUCUAUGAGUGUUUGUUUGUAUCACCCCACAUCGCGCGCAAUUUUCUAUCCGGUCGCAUACCUCAUUACAAUAAUGUGCCUUACAGGAAGCGAGACGUUUUAAGUGACGUAGCGCGGGGGGUCCAUUCGCGCGGACCCGUUUCAAGUCGCAGAAGGUGUUGGCCAGUCUGGGGUUGGCAAACGUCGUCCCGCCUCUAGGAGGACAUAUGCCCGACCUAAAACCUGAAGCAGUGUGCCAGCGGGUCUGCCUGGCGGGCCGGGCGAAGCUGCUCUGCGCACCGGCCGCGGGUGGCCCGCCGCGGCGCCCACGGGCCGGGCCCGCAUCCACUCCACAGGCUGGUGGCCUCUGCCGGCACGGAUGCAGCCAGGCGGGACGGCAGUCGGAGGAGCAGAUGUGUUCGGUGGCAGCCGAACGAAAGAAGUUGGAUGGGGGCAGGGGGUGGCCUUGCGAUGAGCUGCUCAGUGCCGGUAGCCGUUCGCACCACCGCCCCUCCGCGAGGAGGUCCUGCAGCACCCCUGGACCCCAAAGCGUAGUGCCGCAAGCCCCUACCGCCGCACUGCGCCUGUGCUGCUGCCAAGCACCUGCAGGGUCGAGCGAGGCAAAAAAAAAAAAAUGUUCGCGAGAACAUAGCAAAGCGGAGCUUGACUUUAUUGACGCUGAUUUGGAGUGCCAGAUUCGACAAGGCGCGAAGCAUCGUCGCGCAAGUCGGGGAAAAA